CAGGACAUCAGAGAUUUUUUCACACACUUGACCUGGACUAAGGAAGAGCAAGAUGCUGUAUCGCUGGAACAUGGACAUGAGGAGUAUCGUGGGGGUGUUGGUGUGUUUGUUUUUCGGCCAGUGUGCUUUACUGCCUGGCUCCCGUGCAACAGAGUUUGGGUUACUGCCCAAUGACACGCAGGGACAAACGGGAUUUUCGGAGCCUGAUUUAUCCUAUUGUCAGAUGAUUCUGGAAGCUCCAGUUCCACCCACAGCAGACCAGGUUCCCUGGUUCUGCAUCUGCUCCGCUUGCUCUGGAAACAGAGGCCAGAAAGGAGACAGAGGCGACCGCGGACUGUCAGGAGUUCCUGGUAGUCCAGGUCCAAGAGGUCUCUCUGGGCUUCCCGGCCGUCCAGGAUUCACAGGACGUCCUGGCAUAAAGGGUGAGAAAGGUGACGCAGGAGAUAAGGGUGACCUUGGUUACCCUGGAGUUUCAGGGCCAAAGGGAGGCAGGGGAUUCAAAGGUGAGAAGGGUGAACUUGGUCUGGAAGGUCCUACGGGAGAACAGGGUCCAAAGGGAGAUGAUGGUCAGUGCCCAGAAACCUGUGAGCCCAUACCUGGGCAGGCAGGUGAACCGGGUCUUCCUGGCCCUGCAGGUGCACGGGGGUUACCUGGAUUGAAUGGAGACCUUGGUCCCAAAGGGAUGAAGGGUGAUCCGGGUGUGGUGGGGGAGCGUGGCCUUCCAGGUGUACCAGGGGGGAAGGGUGACCAAGGUCCACAGGGCCUGUGCAAUUGUAAGGAUGGGGCUCAAGGAGCCCAGGGUCAAACAGGUCAAAAGGGUGAGAAGGGAAACUUGGGUCCGACAGGGGAGCAGGGUACAACUGGAGCCACAGGACCUAAGGGUGAUCAGGGAGAUAUGGGAAUGACUGGUAUGCCCGGACCUUGCUCACCCACUGUGCAAUCUACUUUCUCCGCCGCUUUACUCACCUCCUUUCCUCAACCAAGCCGCCCAGUGCCUUUCAAACGUGUCAUCUACAACUUAAACCUGCACUACAACCCUGAUAAUGGCGUCUACACUGCCCCGGUUAACGGAACCUACGUGUUUAGCUACCAUCUGCAAGUGUCCACCCGUAUGCUAAAGGUCGGACUCUUCCACAACUUCGAGGCCGUGGUGAGGACAACUACGCCAGUGGAAAUGAACACCGCCUCUCAGCAGGUGGUGCUGAGUCUGAGCCAGGGUGACUGGGUGUGGGUACAGGUGAAAGACAUCACCACUAACGGCAUGUACACUGGCUCCGAGGCCAGCAGCACAUUCAGCGGGUUUUUGUUGUACCCAGACAGAUGUGAUGACAUGUUUGGAAGAGAUUACACUGAAAAGUCGUUCCCUGAUCAAGACAUUCCCUUUGGAGGUCCAUAGAGACCCACAUGUAUACCUUACCCUCUUACACUACACCUUAAACUUUUAACCAAACCCUACAUUCUAAACCACCACCUACAGUCCAGAUGCCAAUCACGCUCCUGGAGGGUUACCAUCCCGCAGAUUUUAGCUCCAACCCUAAUCAAACACAACAGCUAAUCAAGGUGCUCAGGAUUACGUGAAAGUAACAGGCAGGUCUGUUGAAGCAGGGUUGGAACUAACGACUGCAGGAAGGUAGCUCUCCAAGAGCAGGGUUGGAGACCCCUGGCCUUAGACCCUAAACUCUUAGUCUAUAUCCUGAAUUCUACAAUUGUAAGCCAAACUCUUAACCUGCACCCAACCUUCUAUACCUAAACUUUCCCUAUUCCCUAGACCUACACCCAGAAUUCUGAAUCUUCACCCAAACUUUUAACUGCACCCUAGACCUACACCCAUCAUUCUAAACCUAAUCUUUUAUCAACUCCCUGGACCUGCACCUUAAUGUUAACCUACACUUAGCAUUCUAAACCUUCGCCCAAACUUUUAACUGCACCCUAGACCUACACCCAUCAUUCUAAACCUAAUCUUUUAUCAACUCCCUGGACCUGCACCUUAAUGUUAACCUACACUUAGCAUUCUAAACCUUCGCCCAAACUUUUAACUGCACCCUAGACCUACACCCAUCAUUCUAAACCUAAUCUUUUAUCAACUCCCUGGACCUGCACCUUAAUGUUAACCUACACCCAAGACAACACAACACUCAAAUAAGCAUUAAAAUAGAUUUAUUAUUCUAAACCUUCACCCAAACUUUUAUCUACGCCUUAGACCUACACCCAUCAUUCUAAACCUAAUCUUUUAUCAACUCCCUGGACCUGCACCUUAAUGUUAACCUACACCCAACAUUCUAAACUUUUAACUACACCCUACAUUCUAGACCCACACCCUAAACUCUUAACCAAACCUCUAAAAUGAUCCACUUCUCAACCUCAACCCCAAAACCUGAAGCCCUAGUUUUUCUAUAAUAUUCCACAUGUAGAUUCUAUUUUAAGUCCACUUUGUGUAGUUUGAAUGUAGAAGCAAACCUUUGGCUGAAAGCAGGGCCUUCUAGUUCACAUGUUUGGAAUUACUUAGUUCUCCAGGUGGAUAUGUGCGGUGUUUAUUCACAGUGCAUGUCUCGUAACUUGAUUAGCUGUAUUAUGCCCCCAUCAAUACACAGUGAGGUGGAUCAGUUGGGAGGUUGCUCCCUUGACAGAUAUGUUUUCAGCCGGAUGUUUGUAAAGAAUGAAAACUGAGCAGGAACGCACCAAUCAGCUGUUAUAUCAUCCUUCCAGCUAUUCAGUGGACACACACUGUGAAUAAAAGUGAAAAUGAGAACAGGAAAACUGGGUGGGCUGGUGCAUGUAUGUGUGUCUCAAGAUAGGUGAGUGGAGAGAAGUAUUUGAGAGGUACAAUAAAGAGAGGUGUUGUCUUACACAAUUGAAGUGUUAAACACCUGUUUGAGAGAGAGAAAGAGAGUCUCUUUACUUUGGGCUUUUGAGUAUGGAUUAUUCAGACACACAAUAUUAUGUUGGGAAGCCUCUUAUGGUGUUGCCUAUAUGGGUCCAGGGAAGAGGGGGCCCACCCAUAAAAAUGUUGUUCUGGUCGCUGUGAAUUUUAGCAAUGACCCUGCAACAUUAUGACAUAACACAACAUGUUCAUGCUCAUGUUCUGUGUAUUGAUUACCCUUAUAUUUCCAAUAAACUGUAAACUACUAAUCCGA